AUGACUAAAACGACUAAAACGACUGAAAUACCUACAAUCCCUGCCUUCAAUUUAACCGACCUGGACCGUAAACUCCUGGCCAUGACCGACGAGGAGUUCGUCCACCAUGACUGGGAAGAACUGAAAAGCAUCAUCGCACGAAACGAUCUCGGGGCACUCAAACGGAAGCCCUCCGAUCUGCGCCGAUACCUGGCCUGGACACAAGAGACCAAAGCCCAAUAUGGCUCGAUCAUGAAUUACAUUUGCCAGCGGCGAUUACGGUGGGAUUUACCGCAGAGCGGAACUAGCUCGGCGUUGGACAAGCAAAGCGGGCCUAUGGCGGCUUUCAAGAACCCGCGUCCCUUUGCCGACCCGGAAGACUACAAGAUCCUCCGCAAUGACUGGCCAUACGGUCUUACCCCGGGCAUUUCACAUCUCAUCGUGUGGUUGCGUACGCCGAUUCCCGUGAAAUCUGGGGAAGGCCAUUUGACUGAGGAAUCGCGCGAAAUGAUCAAUGAGUUUGUUCGAAGGACUUUCGUGGAUAGGCUGGCCCAGGAUCCUCACAGAUUUCCGGAUCCUGCCUCCCAUGUGCUGUGGUUCAAGAAUUGGGUUGGGUUGCAGAGUGUGAGGGCUUUGGAACAUGUCCAUAUCUUGGUCCGCGAUGUUCCUGAGGAUAUUCUCUUCGAGUGGUCGUCCGAACAUUAG